CCGAAACUAAAAACCAAUCGAAGUACAGUCAGCGUCUCACUGAUUUAUCUUCUGCUAAGGCGAUAAAUUGAACGCGUGCGAGUGGACAUGAUGCCGACCUUUUACUCAUUCUACCAUAAUACAACAACAAAUCUGAGAGUCUACAACAGAAGCCUGAUCGACUUUGGGAGCCUUAUGUUGGUGAAGGAAGACCUGAAGAAGAACGAGAUGCUGGACUCAGUCCUGCAUGCCAACAUAGACCAUGCUGUGAAAGCUCUGAGCCAGGUGCAACCUUCACGCCUACAGGGGGCAACCCUGCUGAUCACUGGGGAGAGCCUGUUGGUGAAGAUCUGCCCACCAUUAGUUAACAAAACGAAAAUGCACUUUUUGGUCACAACAGUGGAUGGAUGGCCUCAGCUGCACCAGCAAGUAGUCUGCAGUGAUAAAAUAUCAUUGCAAGACAUUAAGGAGUCUCACUUCCUAGGUCACAGAUGCCAAGACCAGCAAAAUUCAUGCCUGCAACAAGCUAGGGAGGUGGUGGCCCAGGGACUGACUCCGAAGCAGUUACAAAUUAGGUGUAACAAGUUGUUUCUCACAUACACAACUGCAGAUGAUAAAAAUGCCAUUAACCCAGAUGUUGACAUCAUCACCAUUCAAACAGAAUGCAAGCUCAGACCUUCAUUAUGCGGUUUUGGGGGGCUUUUAGAAGCUAAAAGCUGGUUAGAGCAAGAAAAGUCAAAGAAACAGGGCCUCAUCUCAUGCAUUGAUUACGUUUUAAAGCAAUACGCUGUAUGCAAAUCAGAAAAUUCUUUUAUAUACAAUUUCAUUAUCCAGAGUGAGGGUGAGAUGGCCAGGAUUGAUAACAAAAGUAAGAGAACUUGCUUUGUGUUCUGCAACUCGGAAGGUGUGUCUAUGUUCCCUCCAUGGUCAUGAACGAGGGUCUUAUCAUUCGUCAUUCAGGUGGGUGAAUCUGACUUUACUGUUUCAUUAAAAAUGGUUUUCAUUGUGUAAUACCUGCAGCAUGAAUGCAGAUUAAUUAUGUUCCAAAGACUACACAUAUUAUAACUGCACAAAAUCGAAACGCAAAAUUUGUCAUCUUUGCAAGCUUGAUACGACAAAGAAGUCUGAUUGAGAUACAUUUACUGAAAUAGCAUGAGCAGGGAGACUUUUUGUACAUUG